AUGGCUGAACUCCUUCGCCACCCAGAUGUUCGACGAAAAGCCCGAUCGGAACUCGCGCAACUGAUCGGCCCCAAACGAGUUGUACAAGAAUCUGACAUCGACAAACUUCCCUAUCUUCAAGCCAUUAUCAAAGAGACCCUCCGACUCCACCCGGCUGUUCCCCUUCUUCUCCCUUACAAAGCAAAGAACGACGUCGAAUUAUGCGGUUACUACAUAGCCAAGGACACCCAAGUCCUGAUCAACGCUUGGGCCAUAGGGAGAGCCCCAGAGUACUGGGUUGAGCCUAAUUGUUUCAAGCCCGAGAGGUUCCUGUUGAAGCCGAAUGUGGAUUAUAAAGGCCAUGAUUUUGAGUAUAUUCCUUUCGGGGCUGGGCGGCGAAUUUGUCCAGGGCUGCCGCUGGCGGCCCGGAUGGUACACUUGAUAUUGGGUUCAAUACUUCAUAGUUUUGAUUGGAAGCUUCCUGAUGGAGUUUCAAACGAGGAGUUGGAUAUGGAGGAGCAAUUUGGAGUCACUUUGAAGAAAGCUGUUCCUCUUUGUGCUAUUCCCAUUUUAGACAAGGACUCCACCCAUACGAUGUAUUGGUAG